AUGAAGGGAAUCCUGCUGGCUCUGCUUGUCUGCGCGGCAGAGGCGCAUAUCAUCUUCGAGCAUGCGCCGCUCUCCUGUGAUCCUAUCUUGCCGGCAUUCCAGGGCUGUCUACGAGGCCAGCGGUGCUCUCGACACGGGAAGUGUGAGAGCAGCCAUCGUCCAGAGGAUGAGAUCCAGCCUCCCCAGUCUGAUUCCACGGCUGAGAUCACCCAGAGAGACUCGGAGGUUGAGUAUGCGCCUGGCAAAUGCCGUGGAGACGCCGGUGAGGGAGAGGCAGGGAUAGCAGCAGACUGCUUCAUGAAGCAUCCCUCACACCUCAUUGACGAAGAUGAUGUGACCCAAAAGGCUGCUCGUCCGCAUCUACGACGACCGUUCUGGCGUCCUCCUUUCCGCCCAAAGCCAAAGGUGUCCAUUACUGGUACUAACAGAAUUAAGCUGCCUACUCCAACUGCCUCUGCCACUCCUACUAGCACUAGUACUAGCACUGGCCAGCCCCAGCCCCAGCUUCCUAAGCCGUCUAUGCCAUCUGGCCCUCUUGGAAAUGUCACCACCGAUGGGACAUGUGGUUCGACGCAUGGAGAUACUGUCUGUGGAAACUGGUUCUACGGCUCUUGCUGCUCUGCUUAUGGUUUCUGUGGAAAUAGCACCGCCCACUGCGGAUUGGGAUGCCAGUCUGGCCCAUGUAUAAACGGGCCUGCAUUGAUACCCAUUGCUCCUCUAAGCUAUCAUCCAUUCAAGAUUCCUGGGACGUUCACAACUGUUGGCAGGUCUGGGGUUCCAGCCAUGAUGGCCAUCCUCAUGCCUAACGGGAAAGUUGCAUUCGCGGACAAGAUCGAAAACUAUACUGAACUGAUUCUACCAAAUGGACAAUUUGCUUACUCCUCAGAGUAUGACCCGGUUACCAAUGACGUUGUAGCCUUAGAAUACAAAACCAAUGCAUUUUGUGCUGGUGGAACCGUUCUGGCCGACGGUCGUGCUCUGUCUGUUGGUGGGAAUGGCCCGUUGAACUUCAUAGAUCCAACGGUAAAAGACGGGUUUAAGGGGAUCAGAUAUCUCGAACGCAAGUUCGAUGAUCCAAAGGCAGAAGAAGGGUGGAUUGAGCCUGGUCACUCUCUGUCCUCUGCUCGCUGGUAUCCCUCUGUGCAGACUAUGCCUGAUGGGAGAAUAUUCGUCGCGUCAGGUAGCUUGAAUGGCUUGAACCCGACCAACUCGGAUAAUAACAAUCCCACAUACGAGCUCCUGGACCGUGACGGUUUUCCCCAUGGCAAUAGCGUGGUCAUGUCCAUACUAGAGAAGAACCAGCCUUACUAUAUGUACCCCUUUCUUCACCUUCUCAAGGAUGGAAAUCUCUUUGUCUUCGUGUCGAAAUCUUCACAGAUCUUCAAUGUUGAGACGGAUACCAUUGUCAAGACCCUCCCAGACCUCCGUGGUGACUUCAGAACUUAUCCAAACACAGGAGGAAGUGUUAUGUUCCCUCUGAGUUCUGCCAAUGGAUGGGAGCCUGAGAUCAUGAUCUGUGGAGGUGGUGCUUACCCUGACAUCAACAGCCCAACCGACGCUAGUUGUGGGCGCAUAAAACCUCUGUCUGAGAAUCCAACGUGGGAGGUUGAGUCAAUGCCGAGUGAAAGGGUCAUGGUAGAGGGUACCUUGCUACCAGACGGCACCAUCAUCUGGCUGAACGGUUGCAGCCGUGGUGCACAAGGGUUUGGAAUCGCAAAGGACCCAGUAUACGAUCCCUGGAUAUACAACCCCCACGCUUCCAACCUUGAACGCUGGGCUGUUGGUGGAUCAAGCACAAUUGCCCGCAUGUAUCACUCCGUUGCUCUGCUGUUGCUCGACGGAACAGUGAUGGUUGCAGGAUCAAACCCCGUUGAGCAGCCUGUGCUCGUCCCCAACCCCAAGGACCCCAAGACUGCAUACGUGACCGAAUUCCGAGUUGAAAUAUACACUCCUCACUACCUCAGUGGCAAGAAAGCGACUCAGCGACCAUUUGAUGUUGUCUUGUCAAACAGACAUCUAGUUGCCAACGGUGGGGCCUUUACAGUUAAAUUCAACAUCCACAAAGACGCUAUUGACCUCCAUGUUGUUCUUUACCAAGGCGGAUUUGUCACCCACUCACUUCACAUGGGCCACCGAAUGCUCUACCUCGACUACACGGGCUGGAAAGCCGGUGAAGCCGAGCAGACAGUUGAAGUUGCUAUGCCUCCAGACUCGAACAUCGCACCUCCCGGUGCCUACGUCAUCUAUAUUGUUGUGGAUGGAGUGCCUAGCAUGGGACAGUUUGUCAUGGUCGAUAAUCCUGCACCGGCUGGUGAUAAACCCAAAGAGGGAGACAAGCUUAACGGCAAGGACACAGAGGUCCAGGAGAAGCAGGAUCAGCAGCUCGACGAGGCAAAGGCCAACAAGACAGUUGAAGAGGGCAAUGGCAUGCCUAAGAAUGGGACAGAAAAAGAUGACAAAAAGGGCAAAGACAAAGACAAACAGGGCACCGAUGAUGGUAAGAAGGGCAAAGAGAAAGAGAAUGGUGAAGAAAAGGACGAGGAAGAAGAGGAUGAAGUGGAGGAAGAAGACUAG